CUUUCACAGACACUACAGGUUCAGGCUCUAACUUAGGCAUUCCUGUAGUUCCUGAACUACCGGUAGAAGCUUGCUAGUGCUAGUGGAAGUCCUACGAGCAAUCCUUCUGGCAGUGGGGUUUCCUUUACGGACACUACUGGUGGAAGCUCCAUUAGUCCUACUGAAAGUGGAAGUGCUGGAUCAGCAACUCAGAAAAACGCUAUAACAUUGACACAAGUUGAGGCUGAGACUUCCAAAGAAGUCAUGAUAUUCAUAAUAAACCUCGAAAAAAAGUGUCCACCAAAGGAGGAAUACGAGGUCUUCUUUGAGAAACUCAAGGGUAUAAUGGCUGCACGCUCAAAGAAUUCUCCCAAAAGCAAAAAAAGUUUCUUCUCUACGAUCAAAUAUGCUGCUGGGAAACUAUCUGAUGACAUGACAUUUAUGCGGUCAAGAAUUGGAACCAAAUCAGCAAAGGUGAAGCAGUCCAUGGAAACUUACCAAAAAGAAGUGAAGACUAUCAAAGAGUUAGAAACCAUCCAUAGUAGAAUAGUAAGUUAGAAUAAAGGCAAGAAAGAUGGGUAUUUGACAUGCACAACGUCACAACCAAAUUCGUUGAGACCGCUAUUCAGAGCGAGACAUCUACAACUUCUUCCUCUUCUCCCGGCAAGAUCAAGUCAACUUGAACUCAAAGGCAUAACUAUACAUAAACUAGUUAGCCACAAAUCAUAAAAAAAAUUGAACCAACCAUACGAAAUACAGAUCAAUUAACUAGCUAAUAAUUUUAGUUUUUGUGUUUAUUGUAAAUAAAACCACGGCUAUAGAUAUUU